UGUCUGUCUCUCUCUCCCUCACUCACGCACUCGGGGCGGCCAUUUUAGACGAGGAGCGUCAGCGAGAGGAGAGGAGAGGCAGUACGUGCGCUCUCUCUCUCUCUCCCUCUCAGAGAGAUAGACGGAGUGCGUUUGCGUUGUGAGUGUGUCCCCCCGAGUGAGCGUGUCCCCGAGUGAGUGUCCGUGACCGGCCCCGGGUUGAGGGCCAAGGCCAGGCCAGCAUGUCUCCCGGCAAACCCGAGCUCCUCACCGCGCUGCUCCGCUUCGCCUUCUUCCUCCACCUGAGCCUCUGCGGACCCGUCUUGACGGGGAAAGUUAACAAGCACAAGCCAUGGAUAGAAACUACGUAUCAUGGUAUUGUAACAGAAAAUGACAUCACGGUGCUGCUGAACCCUCCACUAAUUGCCUUGGAUAAAGAUGCACCUCUGCGUUACGCAGAGAGGUUUGAGGUGACAUUCACCAAAGAAGGUGAGAUUUGUGGAUUUAGGAUUCACGGACAAGAUGUCCCCUUCGAAGCUGUGGUGGUUGAUAAAACCACUGGGGAAGGUGUCAUCCGUUCAAAGGAAAAGAUGGAUUGUGAGCUGCAGAAAGAGUAUACGUUUGCCAUCCAGGCGUAUGAUUGUGGAGAGGGUCCAGAUAGAGGAAAUAUGAAGAAGUCGCACAAGGCUAAUGUCCACAUUCAGGUGAAUGAUGUGAAUGAGUACUCCCCAGUUUUCAAAGAGAAGUCCUACAAAGCCACAGUCAUCGAAGGAAAGAAAUAUAACAGCAUCUUAAGAGUCGAAGCCAUAGAUGCAGACUGCUCACCUCAGUUCAGCCAGAUUUGCAGUUAUGAGAUUGUAACUCCUGAUGUGCCAUUUACCAUUGAUAAAGAUGGCUAUAUUAAGAACUCUGAGACGCUGAACUACAGUAAAGACCGCCAGUAUAAGCUCGCAGUGACCGCCUAUGACUGUGGGAAGAAGCGUUCAACUGAGGAUGUUUUGGUUAAGAUCAGCAUUAAACCGACAUGCAAGCCUGGCUGGGAAGGUUGGAGCAAAAGGAUUGAAUACGAGCCUGGCACUGGAAGUUUGGCAUUGUUUCCAACCAUGCGUUUGGAGACAUGUGGCGAACCAAUUACAUCCAUUGAAGCAAACAUUGAGUUGGAAACGAGCCACAUCGGCAAAGGAUGUGAUCGGGACACGUACUCUGAAAAGUCACUCCACAGACUCUGUGGGGCUUCCUCUGGCACAAUUGAUCUCCUCCCUUCACCAAGCUCUGUUACAAAUUGGACAGUUGGCCUUCCCACUGACAAUGGCCACGACAGUGAUCAAGUCUUUGAGUUCAAUGGCACCCAGGCUGUGAAAAUUCCUUCAGGUGUCCUGACAACAAACCUCAAGGAACCAUUUACAAUUUCUGUUUGGAUGCGACACGGGGCUGGUUCUAGUGUACGCGGGGAGAAGGAAACUGUCCUUUGCAACUCCGACAAAACAGAAAUGAAUCGGCACCACUUCUCCCUUUACGUGCACAACUGCCGCCUGGUUUUCCUCUUCCGUCAGAAUCCUUCCGAAAAUGAGAACUUCCGGCCUGCAGAGUUCCAUUGGAAACUAGAUCAGGUGUGCGAUAAAGAAUGGCAUCACUACGUGCUGAAUGUUGACAUUCCCACCGUGGCUCUCUAUGUAGACGGAGUAUCAUAUGAUCCAUUCCUAGUCACUGAAGAUUAUCCACUCCGACAUUCAAAGAUUGAAACUCAGUUGGUGGUUGGAGCAUGCUGGCAAGAAUUUUCAGGAAACGAGAAUGAAAAUGAAACUGUGACUGAAGCCUAUCCAGGUGGUGAGUUUCGCAUGGCUCAGUACUUCCAGGGUAAUCUAGCUGGUUUGAUGAUUCGAACUGGUAAGAUUGAGAGCAAGAAGGUGAUUGACUGCUUGUACACGUGUAAAGAAGGAUUGGACCUUCUGGAUGAGAAUCUUGACAAUGGUGUAAUGGUUCACUUUAACCCCAGCCAGUCGGUGCUUGGUUUGGAAGGGGAUGAUCUUGAAAACUUUGACAAGAGUAUGCAGCAUGUGUCGUACCUUAAUUCCCGUCAGUUUCCAACGCCUGGAAUUAGAAGGUUGAAAAUCACCACCACCUUGAAAUGCUUCAAUGAAGAGACAUGCAUAAGUGUCCCAGAUGUGGAGGGUUAUGUGAUGGUGCUUCAACCCGAUGAACCAAAGAUAAGCGUGAGUGGCAUUGAUCAUUUUGCACGAGCUGCUUCUGAAUUUGUGAGCCACGAAGGUGUUCCAUUGUUCCCAGAGCUCAAAAUCGUCAGUACCAUUACCCGAGAGGUGGAACCAGAGGGAGAGGAUGAAGAUGAGCCAACAGUCCAAGAAUCUAUGGUGUCUGAGGAGAUCAUGCACAAUCUGGAUACUUGUGAGAUCACUGUCCUUGGGGAUGAGCUCAAUCCAGAAGAGGAGACCUUGGAGGUUGAUCAGUCUCAGCUCCAGCAAAGAGGCAUGGAGACUAGUAACUCCUCUACCGGCAUGACUGUCACAGGUGUUGACACCAUGGCAAGCUAUGAAGAGAUGCUACAUUUAAUCCGUUACCGAAAUUGGAACACCGAAACCCUAUUUGAAAGGAAGUUCAAACUUGUUUGCUCAGAACUAAAUGGACGCUAUACCAGCAAUGAGUUCAGCGUUGAGGUCAAUGUGAUUCACACAGCUAAUCCAGUGGAACAUCCUAACCAUUUAAUGGCACAGCCACAGUUUGUUCACCCAGUUCACCAUUCUUCAGUGGACUUGUCGGGACAUAACCUGGCAAAUCCCCACCCGUCCUCAGUGGUGCCCAGUGCAGCGACUAUAGUUAUUGUCGUCUGCGUCAGCUUCCUCGUCUUUAUGAUCAUCCUCGGAGUUUUCCGAAUCCGUGCUGCACAUCAACGGACAUUGAGUGACCAAGAAAAUGGGAAGGAGAAUGAGAUGGACUGGGACGAUUCAGCUUUAACUAUUACAGUGAAUCCUAUGGAGACGUAUGAGGACCAACAUAGUAGUGAGGAAGAGGAGGAAGAAGAGGAGGAGAGUGAGGAAGGUGAUGAGGAAGAUGACAUCACUAGUGCAGAAUCUGAAAGCAGUGAGGAAGAGGAAGGUGAACAGGAAGACCAGCAGAAUGUAAACCGACAGCAGCAACUUGAAUGGGAUGACUCUACUCUUACCUAUUGAUUUUUCCUGCUAUCUGUUUGUGCUUUGAAGACUUCCCUCGUUGCCCACUCCAUCUUACCUAAGGAACCAUCUUGCACUUUUUCUUCAUGUCAUCUCAGAUGAGUGACUCUUGGUAGACGAAACACAUGAAUUUCAGGACUGUCCUUUUUUUUUGCUCUAAGAGGCAGCUUCUUGCGUGUUUUUUUUUUCUGUUCUUCAUUCAAAAGAGAAAUUGCAUUCAGUAGUGUUUGAAAGUUGCUUGGUUUUUGGCCUGGUCACCUUUAGAUAUUCUCUCUCUCUCUCUAGUGCAUGUGGAAAACAAAAAGCGCAGAAAAAAGGUCAAUUUAUGUAGAGGAAUAACAAGAUUUUUAAUAUUUUGUAAAUAUAUUGAAAUUCUGUAAUUACUGUCAUUGUGGUAGUGAAAACGGGGAUUGGACACAAUAGAAUUUGAAACGUGAGAAAUGUAAAGAGACGAUGUAUCAUUUAUGUUGGCCUUUUGAGGCUUUGACGCAAAUGUACUUGAUAUAAUAUUCUGGCUGUCAUAAAUAGACUUAAUUUUGAACAAGUCAUUACUGAUGCUACAAAAAGUACUACUGUAAUUUAUAUUUCAGAGCUAACUCUUUAUGUAAGGGAAAUGUGUAAUUUUUUUUAGGCAAUUUGAACUGCUUCACCGGCACAAACCUAGAGUUGCUAUCGAAAAACCUUGUGUUCCUAAGCAUGUAACAUGCCCCGAGUUGUAAAUCCAUUCAUCCUCAAGUUAAUCGUAACUCUUAACUUUUAAUUAAAAUGAGAAAGUUGACAUUUAACUAUAAUAUAGAUUGGCUACAACUUGGUAUUGUGAGCCCAUCAGUAUGCACUGGGUGAAAUGAGAUGAAGCUGGCCCUAUAGAGACUAACCAAAGGUAAUGCUGUCUUUUUAAAAUUGAGUUUUAUGGUGAUAGGUUAUGAAGUCUCCACAAAGUGCAAGAAUUUAAUAGAAAACACUAUUCAACGUUGUCCCUGUUGGAUCAAUAUGCAUUUUAGAUAACUACUAGUAGCUCCUGUACAUUAAACUGUACUGUAGUUUUAAGCUAUUUGUUUACGUUUAGUAAACUUGGGUUUUAUUUUUUCCUGGUUCUAUUGUAGUUGAAAUUGUACAAAGAAAUUGGCUCAUAUUUGUGAAUCAUGUUUUUGUGGUGGUUUUAAAACUGUGCUCUGUCUGUUUUUUUAAUUGAAUUUCUAUCUGAUCUGAAAAAUUUGCCGGAAGGUUAUUUAAGAAAAAAGUACACAGCUUUUGAGUGUGAGGUGCACUGAGCAGGCCUGGCCAGCUAAACUGGUAAUCGAUUGAAAUGAUCAGGAAAGGUUCUGGGCAAAACGACUGAGCAAGGCAACAGCUCUUGCAGAAUCACGUGAGGAUGAUAAUUUUUGACUGUAAAUAAAUGUAAUAGUAGGUCAACACUAGAAAAGAUGAGGUGAAUUGAGGCUUUCCUUUGGAAGGCCCGGUGAGAGGUGCAAGUAAUCUCUGGGCUCUUGUAUCUCUAAUCCCUAGACCACAUGCUACUUGGAAUCCCAAACUUGCUAGAAAAUAAGGAUAUUUGGUGGGAAAAUUCCAAUGGGUUUAGGAUGUUUGAGCCAAAAGAGAAGAUUCAGUUCUUCUGAUCUAAGAAGACAUGGUGAAUUUCCAGGCCUGAUUUGCUUAGAGUGAACCUUGGAAAUGGAGAACGUGUAAGAUAUGGACUCACUUAUAGGGAGCAGAGGAUGUAGUUGAGGAUUGUCUGUUGUUGAAGCAAACUGAAAAGGCUGGCGUCCCAAAGGAAACUUGAUGUAGGCCCCCCCCCCCCCAUUAACUGCUACAUGACGGUGGAGCUGGGGGUCUCCCCCCCCAUAAAGAAUGCUACAUCAAUGACGGCUUCAGUAAAUGCUAUUCUGGCCCUGUGACUAAGAAAUUAAGUCAUUACACUGGCUACACUGAAAAUGCACUUCUUUAAUUAAACGUUGCUAGCCUUCAACAGAGUUGAGUCUGUUUUGUAAUGGGCUUUCCAAGAGCUUGUCUGACUUUAUGGCUAAUAAGCCACACAGACCAAUUGGCAUUUUGUUUCUCACUGAGCCGUCAAGUUUACUGACUACGUUGACGCCAGGAUUUUUAACGAAGGACUUUAACUGGGGGAAGGACAGUUGUGAAAAUUUGUGUGCUGCUAAACUAGUACUAAUAAACAUUUUUAAAGUAGUUUGAGAGUUGUUUUCCAGUUGACAUCCAGAUGCCUGAAAUUUCAUCUUGUCCCAGCCUUAAAAGACCAUUGUGUUUAAUAUUCAAGGUCAUGCAGAAUUUUGGAGAAGUCUUGUAUUGGAAGCGGGUCUUCCACCGUUCAUAAAAGACCUGUGGGAAAUCAGUUUCCCGCUCAAGACUGAAUUUAAGAAUUUUCCAAAACGCUGGAGGAACCUAAAUGGUAAGGCAUUGAGGAUUGGACCAGAUGAAUUUUGGGUCUGGGACCAAUUAAAGGUUCUUACCUAAUUGGAAAUUCCAGACACAAUGCACUGUACAGAGAAUGCCAUUAAAUCAGAUUUUUGCCAAUCUUAUCUGAUUCUGUACAUGAUGACAUUGGAUUCCCAGUUUUGGGCCACAGUUAAAUUCUCGAAGCCAGGUCUGCUUUUCUGCAUCGUGCUUCUGGGCAGAAACAUGCAAUUGAAACUGGAUUGAGAUGAGCGGAUUGGGAGUGCCUUUGCCUUUCACAAAUGACAUAACUGUUAAUGAUGCACAUUCAAGAAGUGGAGUAGUUUGCGAAUAAUUAUUUUGUAACUUUAAAUUGUAGAUUUCUUAACAAUGGGGAAUAUGGUUUUACUUGAGUUUUUUUCUGUCAAGUUAAGGAAAGUAAUAGUUUUAUCAAAGGUGGAAACUUUUAAAUCCUAUGUUUUAAAGUAUUUGUCUGACAUAGAUGUCUUGUGAUCAUGUUGUGUAUAAGACUUGAAGUCGAUCCAUGUAUUGUCAACGUUGAUAAUGUAUUAGGCUUAAAGGCUACGUUAAAAGCUAAUAAAGGUGUAAUCUUGUUAAAUUGUAUGUAGCCAAUAUGGGUAUUACUUGCAGAUCUGUAUAUGGUAGGUCAAUUUGAACGAUCUUUAAGCAACAAUAAAUUUCCAAUCGUAAA